AUGGCAGAAGAUUUAGAACAACUCAAGACGAUCGGUCAGAAGAAGUUCCAAGACCAAGCCGUCUGGAUGUUAAAUGCGAUGUGGUUCAAAGAGAAAGAUGCCCGAGCUGAGGAGUUAUGGAGUUUAGUCUCUCUCUUUGCCUCAUUAGAGCAAGAGAAUGGCAAAGAGGGUUGUGGCCUUGAUGAAGUCAACAUGCACCGAGUUUUUGAGAAAUUGAAUGCCCAGCAGACCUUCCAAGAGAUGAGAAAUCACAUGAGGAAAGUUGGUGUGACUUCCUUCAAAAAGAUUUCGAUGAUCAAUUUCCUCAUUUUCCACUUUGGGUAUGACUGGAAGGAAGUCGUCAACGCUCCACAAGGGGGCAACAUCGAAGGCAUUGAAAAGGCCAAGAAGAUGUUAGAAGACGUUACCAUUGCUUUAGAGAGUGCCACCAAGAAAGCCGAAGAGUCCAAAGCCGCUGCUGAAGAGUCGAGAAAGAAGACUGCUGAAGCCAAGAGUGCAGCAACUGAAGCAACUAAAAAGGCUGAAGAAUCAAAAGAAAAGGCAGAGGAAGCUGCUAAGAAGGUCGAAGAGGCUGACCAAACAGCUAAAGUCGCAAGUGAAGCUGCUGACGUUGCUAAAAAGGACGAAGAUGUCGCCAUUGCUCGUCAGAAAGAAGCUCAAGCUGCUGAAGAUGAAGUGACCAAAGCUUUGAACGAAGUCAAGUCACAAGAAGAUGCCAAAGAAAACAAGAAAGUCGCUUUAAAGAAGAAAAUCGAGACUGCUGGUUUAGUCGCAAAGAAUGCUGCUAUUCAAGAACUCGCAAAAUUGGAAGACGAAGACGACUUGCCAUUGAGAAGAGCAAAAAUGACGUUGGAAGCUGCUCAAAGAAAGGCGGCAAAGCCUGUAAAAAUUGCUACUGAAGCACGUGAAAAAGCAUCAGCGACUGCGCAACAGGCGCUCGACGCUAAAAAUGCUGCAGACGAAGCUAAAGCACAAGCAGAAGAAGCUCAACAACAAGCAGAAAACGCCUUGAAAGCUUCUAAUGAAGCCAAAGCACAAGCAGAGGAAGCUCAAGCACAAUCUGAAGAAGCAGAGAAACAAGCAGAAGAAGCUGCUCAGGCUGCAGAAGAAGCUGUCCAAGACGCAAACAACAAAGUUGCCGAGGCAGAAGCAUAUCUUGAAGAACAGAAAAAGAAGGCGGAAGGCAGUGGACAAGGUGCUAUUUGGUUCAUGCAAAGAGAAGUUACCGAAAAGAAGAAGUUUAUGCCAGUUAGAAAGGGAGGUAUCGUCAAGAAAUAA